AUUUCAUUUGCUGUCACCACAACAAAAGAUGCCGGUCGAGACCGACCGCAGCAUAACCAAAUUGGCUCCCUAAAGUUUAGUCUUUAUAAAAAACUAACAUGAGUAAGGCAGAAGAAGGUCAGGAGAAGGAGCUACUGAUGAAAGAUGGAGACAGCUUACGUAAAUACAGAGACGAUGACUGGGAUACUACAGCGCCUUCUGCAGCGCCUCCUGCGCGCCAGAACAUAGAAGCUGAAUGUGACUUGACGGAUGUACCGGUGCUGUCCCAGUUCCAUGAGGAUGCCAUCCAACAGGCAGGGACUGGUAGUUUCCAGCUAGUGCUGCUGUGUGUUGUGGGGCUUGGGCUCGCAGCCGACACGGUCGAGCUCUUCGUCGUGGCGUACGUCAUCCCGAGCGCCGAGGUUGAGUUCUGCAUGACCGGCAGCAUGAAGGGAUGGCUGGCGGCAGUGACGUUCAUCGGUAUGAUGAUCGGGGCCAUCGUGUGGGGAGCGCUGGGUGACAGCGUGGGGCGGCGCAAGGCUCUGCUCUCAGCGCUGCUGGUGAACGCAUUCUUCGGUCUCCUGACGGCGCUGAUGCCGACCUACGGUAUAUUCAUCGCUACAAGACUCUGCUCGGGGGUCGGAAUAGGAGGAGGGAUCCCAAUAGUGUUCGCGUACUUCUGUGAGUUUGUGAGCAAGAACAAGCGCGGCCGCUACCUGAGCUGGCUACUGACGUGGUGGGCGGUGGGGGGCGUGUUCACUGCACUUAUGGCCUGGUGCAUCAUACCUCGCACUGGCAUCAGUGUCGUGGAGGACGAGCUGCAUCACUUCAGUUCAUGGCGCGUGUUCCUGGUGGUGUGUUCUCUGCCCGCAUUCGCCGCUGUCCUGGGACUCUACUUCAUGCCGGAGUCCCCGCGCUAUCUGCUAGAGCAAGGCCGCGAUGUCGAGGCCAUCAUGAUCUAUAAGAAAAUCUUCGCGUGGAACCACGCCCGUGGCUUGGGAGAGGAAUACCAGUUAAGUGAGCUGGAGUUGCCAGCUGGCCGGCAGCAUGAGGCGGCGGGGCGACCAGGGGGUGCUACUUUCUUCGAUACUCUGGACAAGCUGCGGGCUCUGCAUCUGCGUCUGCUGAAGCCCCCUUUCCUGCGGGUGACAUUGCUGCUGCUCAUCGUUUGGUUCGCGGCUGCGUUUGGGUUCUACGGGCUUUCUGUAUGGUUUCCAGAAUACAUAAAGCUUCUGAAGAGUGAAGAGUACGAUAAAAAUGCAACUAUUAUCAACGAUUAUGUGUAUGGGUCAUGGAAAUUCAACGUCUCUCUGUUGGACAACAUUCGUUUCGUGAAUGUCAAGUUCAACAACGUAACUUUCGAGAGUAUGGUACUGAAUCACGUCACAUUCGACGGCUGCUCCAUAUUCGACUGCACCUUCACUGACAUCAAGAGCAGCAAGACGUAUUUCAUCGAAAGCUACGUGGCAAGAAACACGUUCAUCAGCACCGAUAUUUACGAAUAUCGCUUCAUCAACUGUGAAAUGAUCAAUAACACGUUCCGCACAGUGGAUUCCAAAUGCAACUUGGACUUCGACUACAACAUCCAUUACAAGGACAUUUUCCAGGAAAAUCUCAUAGGGCAGUUGUCGCUGAUACCAGGAACUUUGGUGGCUGCAAUUUUCAUGGAUCAAAUUGGAAGAUCUCAUAUUAUGGGAGUAUCAUUUAUUCUCUCGGCUGUUGCUGCGUUCUUCAUCUGGUUUCUUGACUCCAAAGUCGGGGUGAUUGUGUUCGAGGCGAUGUUCAACUUCAUCUUCAUUGCUGGCUGGAACUCCCUCGAUAUCGCCACAACGGAGAGCUACCCCGCUCAUAUCAGAACUUCAGCAUAUGGCUUCAUAAGUGCCGUGUCACGUGUAGGUGGCAUCGCUGGCUCGCUCACCUUUGGGCACUUCAUCUACCUGAGCCGCGCCAUCCCCAUGCUGACCACCUUUGCGGUGCUGCUCAUUGGAGGUCUCGUUGCGCUCAAAAUUCCUGAGACCAGAGACAGGCUCGUGUGAGAGGCACGCGCUCAAAUCAUCAAUACCAGUGAUGUCACAACGCCAGUUGAUAUAAUGACAUGUAUUGUAUCCAGAUGAAUCUAUCAGAGGAUGGUUUUACUAAAUGAUGCUCCACGUCUGUGUGUAGGUAACUAUUAUAGUUAGGUCAUACUCAAAGUACUUUGGACUAAUUUGUGAAAAAAAAUAUUGGAAGGUGAUCUGUAUCUAUGGGUUGGUUUUACCUGAUGGUCCUGCGUGACAGUUCCCAGGACAUACUAAACAUAUCUCUUGCAAUAUGGGUUACGACGUCGGUAGAUUUUAUGUCUGUAUUUUACCGAUCAGGUCUUGAAGACUUUAGGUCGAUGUUGGAGGUGACCAAGCAUGUGGAGCGGACAUGACAAGAAGAAAAAUAAUUCUAUGAGUCAUCUCUUGGAUGUUGUUAUUACUUGCUGUUGUGAAAAAUUGUUUCAGUUAUUGUUGUAGAAAUCAGUUAUUGUUGUAUCCAAUGCCAACGAAGACGUUUUAGUUAUAUUAUUAUGCUCAAAAAAUUAUAUCUUUUUAAAUUGUCGGUGAAAAUAAUUGAAAUUAUCAUUCAUAAACUCUCACAUAGUUAUUACCGUUUAAAUUGAAGCAACAUAUCAUCACAAUAAAUAACUCCUCCGCACAAAAAAAAAACGAAUGUUUUUUUUUUGUAAAAACGCUCCCAUACAAUGCUAAAGACGACCUAGAAAACUUAUUGCCGUUGAAAUAGCGAGCACGACACAAAUUUGUCGAAAAAUGUGUGGUCAAGAAAAUUGCGAGCACGACGAUAAUUAGUCAAAAAUUUUAUGGUCAAGAAAAUUACGAGCACGACGAUAAUUAGUCAAAAAUUUUAUGGUCAAGAAAAUUACGAGCACGACGAACCACUUUACUGAGGAUCGUAGCAUCGGUAAAUCUGCAGGAUUCAUGAACAUUUGAACACUCAUUUUAGCACUUCAAUUACUCAUCAACUAAGUCAUUGAGUUGAAGUAUGAGUUGAUGUGUCAAAAAUAUAAACAUGAGUGCAUUCUAUAUUUUAUAUAUAGUCAUAUUAUAGCUCAUUAAUUUUUUUAUUAUGAUGGACCUUGCUGCGUUUAUCGCUCUUUUCACUUCAACAUAUCAUCCACAUGCAUUAAUAAUUAAAAUUGCAGAUUAUUCUGUAUGAAUCGUAUCGAAGAUUGGAAACUCUUAUUGUUUAAAUGCAAAGGCUUUAGGCUGACCUAUACUAAAGCAUAUUGAAACCUUAGUAAUGCUGUCAUAUCAAAAUAGCCUAUCUAUUUUUAAAAAUUAUUAUUUGAGACGAAACCUCGAUCAUCUUGUCAGGCAUACAGUGGUCUGUAGUGGAUACAUGCACACAUGGAAAUUCAGGCAAAAGCGCUUGCAUUAUAAUUUUAUAAUGAAUGUUACUUCAGAAAUUACUUCAGAAUUAUUACUAGAGUUAAAAUAAUUCCAAAGUUUUGAUAAACAAAAUGCGUAUUCUAUGUUUCAAAACAACUACCAUUCUGAUAUACAGAUAGGAAAUCGAAUCAAUGCAUUAAAUGUGCCUAUACUAAAAAUGGCUGUAAUCCACAAAUAAGUAUGUAUGUAAAUGUCCCUAAAUAGUUCGAAUUCACGUAAUUCCAUUCUCUUCACAUGAGCGAUUUCGGGAGAUUUUACGGGCAACGUGGGCGAUUUUAAUUUGAUAUGGCAUUAAACUAAGCGAAAAUAUGUUAGCAUACGGUUUAUAUUCAUUAGUUGACACGAAUAAUAUGCUCUGCAAACGUUCGUAUUGAAUUAGCGUUUUCAACUUUUGAACCUUGGAAAUAUUAGCUUGACCAUUCUAAACUUUGGAAAUAAAUUUUCCAAAUCAAGCUAAAGUUUUUGUAAUAAAAUCGUCCUACAUCAUUAAGAGAAUGAAUCAGAUCUUGGUGAAAAAAAUGUCGAUCUUUCCAAAGUAAAUCGAGCAGUGAAAGUCCAGCAUUAACGUAACUUUGUGCGUUGUGCUAUUUUCGCAGUCUCUUAUAUUGACAGGCAAGAUUCCUUAACAUACAUGUAAAGCUACAACCUUAUUCAGAAUACAUGAAAAAACAUGUGAACCUCAUGAGCUUUCAGCUAUUUGUGAUCAUACUUCAUUCUAGCAAGAAGUUGUUCCUUCCAUAUAAAAGCUUUGAUGCAUUUAUUGCCACUGUAAACAAAAUUUUAUCACUAAUUACAUUCGUGUUAAUAUAUUCGUUUAAAUCUAUUGCAUGUUUGUGAAGGUUUUUUAUUUAUUUAAGUGUUUGUUUGAAGCCGGAAGCUGGGAAUAUAUAAUAAAGUCGUUCGAGCUCGUAUCCAACAUGCCUAUCGUGUCUGAACUGAACCUAAAUCUGACAUUUUACUUCAAGUUGAAAAAACGAGAGGCGUUUAAAAACAUUAUAAAUGGAGACUGAAACAAAAUUUCUAAAUUUUCCAAUUCAAUCAGUAGAUUUAUUGUUACUAUUAAAAAUCAAAAUUUCCACGAAAUAACAUACAGGGGGAAUCGGCUCAGGCUCAAUCAGUAGUAAGCCAAUGGCGGACGUCAUUCGAUAGAAGCGCAAAAAUUGCAUAAAAUAUCGAUGAGAGCGUAUGCAAUGACAAAAAUUCAUUUUAACGACAUUUGCAAUUUUUUUGACUGAUUACACUGUGACAUGACAUUCACGUCCUUAUCGUCAAUGUUGGCCACCUCGGGCGGAACGUAAGCCAUUAAUAACUUAUUGAAACAGUCACUGUAAAUAAGUGGCAGUAAAAGGCACUGCUUUCCAGUUUACCACAGUUGUCUUAAAACCCUUUAUUCUGACACAUUAAGGCACUUUAAAUGGACUAUUAACGCUUAUAUUUAUAUGGAUGUACCUGACGUAGCGAGAACUCUCACCACUGUCGGGGUUAGGGCUCACUGCAUGCGAGACCAAAUUCGCAAACAAGAUUGGUAGUUAAAAGCUGUCACUGUUUAAGGCCAGAGCAAUAACGCAGAAAACAGCAUAUAUUUAGUGAUAAAUGAAAGCGCACACUACACCUCACCCUGCAGCUGAUCUCCCUAAACAUUCGUAAUGACUACAAUUCUGAGAAAACUAAAAACGAAUGUAACAAAAAGGUAACAAAAAAUGGUGGAAGAUUUUUCAUCGUUCACAUCACGCUCAAAAAGAGGGAUUUUUUCCUGACGUUAGAAAUAUUUAUUUGUUCAUGAGACGGAUUGGGCUUUCAUUUUGGUUCGAUUGUUUUAGACUCCUGGCAACUGUACAAUGCAUCCUACGCAAUAAAGAUCGGAGUAAGGAAUGCA